AUGCGCAUAGUUCGGGUAUAUGCCCAGCUGAUCAGGGCAGUGCUGGCGGUUGCGGACAAGGAGAGGAAAGACGUGAAUUUAGACAUGAUAAAGCUGGACGGCCGUGCAGGCGGUCUGUUGGAGCAGUCGACGUUGGUGCGGGGUAUUGUGCUGCACAAGGAUUUGAGCCAUUCGCAGAUGCGCAAGGAGACAAAAGACGCAAAGAUCGCCAUCUUGACAUGCCCCUUUGAACCCCCGAAGCCGAAGACAAAACACAAACUCGACAUCACCAAUGCUGCAGACUACAAGAAGCUGCAGGCUGCCGAACAGAAUUAUUUCAAAGACAUGAUUGAGCAAGUUAAGAAGGCUGGAGCAAACUUUGUCAGUAUUUGGCACAUUUCUCCAUUCCUUCCCUGUCCCACCCCACCCCUGUAUGUGGUGUGUCAAUGGGGCUUCGACGACGAGGCGAACCAUUUGUUGUUGGCUGCGGACAUUCCGGCGGUGCGUUGGGUUGGGGGGGUGGAAAUUGAAAUGCUGGCGAUUGCAACCGAAGGCAGGAUCGUCCCCCGAGCGCAAGAACUCAGCGCCAGCAAACUGGGGAAAGCUGGGUGCAUCCGGGAGGUCCCCUCAGGCACAAUGGGUGACAAAAUGAUCGUCAUUCAAGCGCGAGCGGUGGAGAGUCAGGCGGAUUCAGUUUCUUCAGUUGGUCAAUAUGCUGCACGCGCGUUUGCUGAUGCACUGCUCGGGCUUGCCGAAGCGCUCGCAGCAAACUCCGGACUCAGCCCAAUUCAUGAGGUGCAACGCAUUAAGGCGCUACAGCAGCAAACGAACUGCCCGUACUACGGCAUCGACUGCAUGCAAACCGGGACGAACGAUAUGAGGGAGCAGCAAGUCUGGGAACCUUUUGCUUCCAAGAAGCAGCAGAUUCUCCUCGCCACCCAGGUAGGCCUGAAGCCGUAA